CAGCUUCAGUAAACGUUAUGUUAUUCGAAAAGCAUAUCCAACGAUAUACGAUGAUGUGGUCUUCGUGUCUGAAAAAACAAUGAGGGAAAUUUUAUCGGAUGACUUGAAACAAGUAGAAAGGCGCUAUAAUCGACAAUUGGAUAAUCUUGCAAUUGAUACCGAACAGUUGGCACUUAAAUUGAAGAAUAAAAUUCAAGACUAUGAAAAACUGAAUAGGCAAUACACAUCUCAACAGGUAAAUUAUGAUUUAUUGGAAGGACAGAAAAAGUCAUUGGAACGAAAAUUAGAAGACGAAAUAAGAAAUUCCAUUCGAUUGAGCCGAGAAGUGGAAAGUCUUCGAUGGACCAAACGGAACUUACAAGAAUACAUUGACAAAAUUCAAAGUGAACAUAUUGAAGAAAUUCGUAAAAUUAUCGAGAAACGUCAUUAAUGCCAUCUCUGGCACAAUAAUUAGUUGUUAUGUUGUUAACACAGAAAUAAUUAAUGAAUAAAGAACAAUUCAAUUUAGAA